UUGUAGGCGGAGGCAGUGUGCAAUCUCUUAAGUCACAUGAUGUAGUGGGUGUGAUGUGAACGGUACUUGCAAUGAAAGAGAAGUGAAAUUUAAUUUGACAAAGAGAAGAGUGCUGACUUAGAUUCAGGAAGUUCUCUGGAACCUUUGUAAUUGUCAUUUACUCCAGAUGUUGAGGCUCACUGUGUGCCUGGCAUUCGGGGCCUUUGUGUCCUGUAACAUCACGUGCCCUGACAAAAGCGUCUGUUCCGAUCACACAACCUGCUGCCAGACUGAGCAUGGGUACAGCUGCUGUGGAUACCCCAAUGCUGUGUGCUGCCCAGACUUGUCCCAUUGUUGCCCUCGAGGAUUCCGCUGUGACUUGGCCUUCCAGCAGUGUGAGAAAGUCACUGAGUCGUGGAUGGACUCUUCAUUUCUGCUUAAAAAAGCUGCUGCGGAACCUUCCGUCACUCCACUUCAACCAAUGUUAUACACAAGUAACAAUGAAAAGACACGUGUACCAGCUGUAGUAGAUACCAGUGGUAGGGGUGAGUUUGGAGUCAUUCGCUGCAGUUUGAAGUUUUUCUGCCCACAAGGCACAUCAUGCUGCAAAGGACUGUCAGCAGAGUCCUGGAAUUGCUGUCCCUACCCACUGGGCCAGUGUUGUGCGGAUGGUCAGCACUGCUGUGAAUAUGGAAGCACAUGCAACAUCCACCCCUUAUCAUGUAGCCCAUCUGCAGCAUGGACCCAGGAAAAUGCUGAAAAUGGCCAUUGACAUCUUGUUUAGAUUUUAUUGCGUGGUCAUUGUACUCUACUGUACAUCAAUUGUGAUAUAAUUAAGCCCACGGUUUAUGACAAUACUCAUGUACGAUAUACAUAUAUUUUUUUUUUACUGAUCUAAAAGUGUUUGUAACAUAUUUUUCUGGAGCACGAUGCAACAAUUCUGUGUACUAGUAGCCGUACAAUAUUUCCCCGGUCGUAAUCCGAGAACUACCCCAAUUCUUACUUUUAUUUUGGAGGAAUGAACGGAAAUUAUACGUCACUUCCGACAAAUAGCUUUCUGUGAUUGACGCAAUGGUGUCGCAAAAACAGCUUCAAAAAGAUUAGAAUAUUCGUUUAUAAUUCACAUUUGGUUUUAUUGUAUGUAGAAUUUAACAAAUGGGAAAAUGAUAAAUGUGCAGUACUGUAUUUUUACUUUUCCAAUUUUAUGUAGAGACUGUUAAUUAAGCAUUUAAUGAAUUAAGAAAUAAUGUACUUUGAGUGUUUAACAGCGGCUGGUUAUGGAUUUGGUAAUUGGCCCUGACUUGAUUAAUGUAAUAAGCAUAAAGUGGUGGCGACGUUGGUUGUAACGAGUUCCGCUUAUUAAAAAAAAAAAAAAAAAAGUCAACUACAAACUCAGAAAAUGUAUCCAGUUUUCGUCUCAUCCUGUGGAGUAGUGGUCAGUCCGUGGCCGGUGUUGUUCAAACGUUCUCGUUGUGACUCCUCAUCCGGUCGAAAACUUUCCAAUUGUCACAUCGGAAAUUGAUGUCAUCACUAAUAAAGGGAAAUGUACUUUCGGCAGUUUGCAAACACAUUUGAUUAAGGCUCCGUUAGACACAUAUAACCAUAUCAAUAUAAUUUCUAGUAGUAGUGUGGUUGCUUAAUAAGUGUAAAGGAAUGUGCAGGCUACAUGAAUUUGUUUUCUUCAAAGUAUUGUGGAACAGGAGGUCCGGAAAGGGAGCAUAUCUCAAGGCCGAUGGGAACGCGAAAAACAACUCGUCUUUGUGGUCCAGACACCUGUGCUGAGCAGGGGAAAACCCAAACGAGGAGGAGAUGACCACAGACCAUCGACCAAUCACCACACAAUCUUUUGCAUGUUUGAAUAUUCAUAUUGUGUUUCUUUAAAACUGGGCAACCCGGAAGAAUGUGUCGUCUUUUCUGGUCACGAAGGCACACGAGUUUUUGUGUUAAGGACCCAAGACCCAGGCGCCUCAAUUAGCUUGCUUUGUCAGGAUUAAACAAUUGGUAAAUUCGGUCUGAUUGAUCUACUGGUCUUCUCUUUGACAGAACGAACUCGCAAAAUUGUUAGGUGCGCCAGUGUGUGGAUUGGAACAUAGCAAUUUUUGUGUUAAGUGUUGAUCACAAUUUGGAGUCAGAUCAAUAGCUAAAAUCCGUAUCCUAACACUUUGUUAAUUCCAUUCCCCUCAUUUGGCAAGUUUGGAGAUGUAAUUGCUUGAAGGGUUGCACAAUGGUGGUGUGUUCUCACUGCUAAUAAAUAAAUCACUGAAUGGAAGGCUGGGAAAUAAA